CCCACCACCUUCGCCAUGGACCUCCGGCUCCUCCUCGCCCCCGGCGGGCGCCGCGCCGCCAUGGCACUGAUUCUCGCCGUCCUCGCCGCCUGCCUCUCCUCCGCCGCCAACGUCGGCGCGGUGACCAGCGCCGAGGUGUCGUACAUCGCGCACCGGCAGCUGCUGGCGAUGAAGGAGGCCGGCGUGAGCGAGGAGGGCGACCUGCCGUCCGAUGACUUCGACUUCGACGACCGCGUCGGAGUCGCCGUCGGCGACUUCCCGAACCCGCGGCUCCGCAAGGCGUACAUCGCGCUCCAGGCGUGGCGGCGCGCGUUCUACUCGGACCCCAAGGGGUACACCAACAACUGGACGGGCAACGACGUGUGCUCCUACAACGGCGUCAUCUGCUACGCCGCCAUCGACGACCCCAAGAUCAUGGUGGUCGCCGGCAUCGACCUCAACGGCGCCGACAUCGCCGGGUACCUCCCGCCGGAGCUCGGCCUCCUCACCGACCUCGCCUUCUUCCACAUCAACACCAACCGCUUCUGCGGCAUCAUCCCCAAGAGCAUGUCGAGGCUGUCGCUGCUGCACGAGUUCGACGUCAGCCACAACCGCUUCGUCGGCGUCUUCCCCCACGUCUGCCUCGAGAUGGCCGUGCUCAAGUACCUCGACAUCCGCUUCAACGACUUCGAGGGCGAGCUGCCGCCGGCGCUGUUCGACAAGGAGCUCGACGCCAUCUUCGUCAACAGCAACCGAUUCGUCGGCUACAUCCCGGGCAACCUCGGCAACUCCACCGCCUCCGUCAUCGUCUUCGCCAACAACGCCUUCGUCGGCUGCAUCCCCAAGAGCAUCGGCUGCAUGGCCAAAACGCUCGACGAGAUCAGCUUCAUGAACAACAAGCUCGACGGCUGCGUGCCCAUGGAGAUGGGCUACCUGCAGAACACCUACGUCAUCGACAUCAGCGGCAACGUCCUCGUCGGCACGCUGCCCACCUCGCUCUCCAACUGCAGCAAGCUGGAGCAGCUGGACGUGUCCAGGAACGUCUUCACCGGCAUCGUCCACGAGUCCAUCUGCGAGCUCCCCGUGCUCGUCAACUUCAGCUUCGCCUACAACUUCUUCAACUCCGAGUCGGCGCCGUGCAUGCCGUCGGAGAGCAGCAAGGUCAACCUCGACGACAAGGACAACUGCCUCGGCGCGCUCCGACCGGCGCAGAAGACGACGCUGCAGUGCGCCCCCGUGCUCGCCCGCCCCGUCGACUGCAGCAAGCACGUCUGCCCCGGACACCCGACGCCCGGGAAGCCGUCGGAGCCGCCGGAGAAGCCGCCGCUCAUCCCGGUGCCGGUGGGGCCGCCGGAGAAAUCGCCGGCUUACGAGGAACCACCGGCCGCGCCUUCCACCCCGACGUCGCACGGCCCGCCACCUCCAGAGGAGGAGUCACCUGAGGAACCACCCGAGGAACCAACACCGUCGCCGACACCAAGCAGCCCAGAGUCACCGGCCAAGAUGGCGCCGCCUCCGGCACCCGCCAUCAAGGGAGUGACAUCGCCGCCGGCAGAGUAUGGUGCUCCACCGCCACCAAGUUCGGGUUGGCUCCCCAAGAGUCCCGAGCGCAAGAAGGCACCUCCGCCACAAGCGGAGCCUCCUACUGAGUACUCCCCACCUGCAACUCCAGAGAGCUCGCCACCACCUGAAGGGAAGUCCCCUCCUACGCCGACGGCCUCGCACUCGCCACCACCGGUACCAGAGGGCCACACACCUUCCCCACCAAAGUCGGGACCACCUGCUGGGGAGUCUCCUCCUACACCUGAGUCAAAAGCCUCGCCUCCACCGACUCCAGAAGAAUACACACCUUCCCCGCCAAAAUCGACACCACCAGCUGAGAAGUCUCCUCCUACACCUGAGUCGAAAGCCUCAUCUCCACCACCACCCGCUCCAGAGGGCCACACACCUUCCCCGCCAGAGUCGACACCACCAUCUGAGAAAUCUCCUCCUACACCCGAGUCGAAAGCCUCAUCUCCACCACCACCCACUCCAGAGGGCCACACACCUUCCCCGCCAAAGUCGACACCGCCAACUGAGAAGUCUCCUCCUACACCUGAGUCGGAAUCCUCCUCUCCACCACCACCCGCUCCAGAGGGCCACAUGCCUUCCCCGCCAAAGUCGACGCCACCAGUUGAGAAGUCUCCUCCCACGCCUGAGUCGGAAGCCUCAUCUCCACCACCACCCGCUCCGGAGGGCCACACACCUUCCCCACCAAAGUCAUCACCACCAGAAGAGAAGUCUCCUCCUAUACCGCCGACCUCGCAUACAUCACCUCCAACUCCAGAGGAAUACACACCUUCCCCACCAAAGUCAUCGCCACCAGAAGAGAAGUCUCCUCCACCACAUUCCCCAGAAAAGUCACCACCAUCAGAGGCUCACCCAACUUCUCCACCUCCCUCGGAGAAGUCACCUCCAACACCAGCUGAAGAGAGUUCUCCGCCAACUCCGGAAAAAUCUCCAUCACCACCAUCGGGUCAUGAAGGCACUCCACCAUCCCCAGUGAAAUCUUCCUCACCACCACCAGAAGCUCAUGUUAGCUCACCACCACCAGAAAAAUCUUCCUCGCCACCACCAGAAGCUCAUGUUAGUUCACCACCACCACCUGAAAAGUCUCCACCACCACCAGAGACAAAGUCUCCACCAACGCUAACACCGGAGAUCUCUCCACCUCCGGAAGGGAAGUCCCCACCAUCACAUACUCCGGAGAGCUCAUCCCCACCAUCUAAGGAGUCAGAACCACCACCGACACCAACACCAAAGAGCUCUCCACCAUCUCACGAGGAGUACGUUCCUCCAUCUCCGGCAAAAUCAACUCCACCUCCAGAAGAGAAGUCCCCACCAUCACAUACUCCGGAGAGCUCAUCCCCACCAUCUGAGGAGUCAGAACCACCACCGUCACCAACACCAAAGAGCUCUCCACCAUCUCACGAGGAGUACGUUCCUCCAUCUCCGGCGAAAUCAACUCCACCUCCAGAAAAGCCACUACCACCACACACACCAACAAUAAAUAGUUCUCCACCAUCGGAAGAAGAGUACAUGCCUCCAUCUCCAGUGAAAUCAAGUCCACCACCAGCCGAGAAGUCCCAGCCACCGCCAUCUCCAGUUGAGUCAGUACUUCCACCAGUGAAGUCUUCACCACCACACGCACCGGUUAUCUCAGAACCACCACCAACAAAGUCUUCACCGCCGCAAGUGCCAGUGACCUCGGAACCACCGCCAGCAAAGUCUUCACCUCCACAUGAACCAAUUAGCCCGCCAGAAACACCAGAGAAGUCUUACCCGCCAUCAACUCCUGAGGAAUCAUCUCCUCCCUCAGUCCCCAAGGCUUCAUCUCCACCAACUGAGAAGUCUCUUCCUCCACCGGCUACAGUGAGCUUGCCGCCUCCAACAGUUAAGCCUUUGCCCCCACCGGUUCCUGUGAGCUCACCGCCACCUCCGGAGAAGUCUCCACCCCCGCCAGCUCCGGUGAUCUUGCCGCCUCCUCCAAUUAAAUCUCCUCCCCCACCGGCUCCAGUCAUCUCGCCACCUCCUCCAGUUAAGUCCCCACCACCACCAGCACCAGUUAUCUUGCCACCUCCUCCUGUGAAGUCUCCACCACCACCAGCACCGGUCAUCUCGCCACCCCCACCUGUGAAGUCUCCACCUCCUCCCGCACCAGUCAUCUUGCCACCCCCACCUGUGAAGUCUCCACCUCCACCUGCACCGGUCAUCUCGCCACCACCUCCAGAGAAGUCACCACCACCAGCAGCACCUGUGAUCUUGUCACCACCAGCGGUGAAGUCUCUUCCCCCACCGGCACCGGUCAGCCUACCACCACCACCGGUGAAGUCGCUUCCCCCACCAGCACCGGUCAGCCUACCACCACCCGUCGUGAAGUCACUUCCCCCACCAGCACCAGUCAGCCUACCACCACCAGCGGUGAAGCCUCUUCCCCCACCAGCACCAGUCAGCCUACCACCACCAGCGGUGAAGCCUCUUCCCCCACCAGUUCCGCAGGUCUCCCUCCCCCCACCGAAACAGGAGUCAUUGCCGCCACCAGCAAAGGAAGCUGAAGCUCCACCUGCAAAGGAAUCUAAACCUCCACCAGCAAUGGAAGCUGAAGCUCCACCGGCGUUCGACACUACUGUACUCUUACCGCCGGUGAUGGCGCACCAGUACGCCUCACCUCCACCACCUCAGUUCCAAGGAUACUAAGCUCCAUGGAGAGAUUAACGACGACGACGACGUCGUCAUCAAUGAGAAGUGAUCCAUAAAGCUAAAGAAUCUGGCAUGCAUGUAUGUAAACACUUCUCUAGCGGCUAAAGUGCAUGCGCAUUGCGAUUAAUCCCCUUCAAUUUUUUUUUGUAUGCAUCCAAUAUAUACUUUCUUGGUUCUUCUAGAUAGUUACAUAUGUAUGUGCUGAUGUGCACAUGAGCAAACUGUACGACAAGGUCAUAUUCAUGAUUCAUGCCUUGUGGUAGCAAUAUCCAUAAAUAUAUAUCCCUUUUGUUCAACAGAAGAAAUGUAAUUCUGUCUCUUUGCAUGAGAUCGAAGAAACAAAGUUGUUUGA